GUUCCACUAACGGCAGAAACAUUCGAAAUCUACCGUGCGUCUCAAGGAAAAACAACGGACUGAGCGGCGUCUGCAUGUUCGCCAUCGAUUGUCUCAAAGCCAACGGCACCCAUUUGGGCACCUGCAUCGAUAGGUUUUACUUCGGUUCCUGUUGUCACAUCGAACCAAUCAAAGAAAUCGUCGAGAAUAGUAUCGAAACGAAUAUUAUUGUAUUGGAUACUAGGCAGCCGCCACAUCGGAGGCAUAACGUAACGACUACUAGGCCGAGUACGCGACCCAGUACUGGCAUGAGUACAACACAACCCAGUCAACCAUUAACCAAAUCACCAUCCACCCCAACGACAACUAUAAAGUACAGUAGCAGUACUCGCAAAAAAAUUGUCCCCCAAUCACCAAGCAGUACCACCAACACCGUAAACUUCAGCUCUUCAACAUCCCCUUCAAUUAGUAGUGAAGUAACCACGCCCAUAGAAAAGCUCCAAACUUUCCAAAGUGUAGAUGGUAGUAGUGAAUCGACCACAACUAAGCUAUCUACAGAACCUUCCAGAACUUCAACCAAAAUACCUGCUACUAGUACAAAACCAAGACCUGCGAUAACGGCACCAUCGUAUCCACCCACCAAGCUAUCAUAUCUCCCGCUAUCUUCCUCAAAUCCUCCGCCAUUUUCCUCGAAUCCAUCACCCCAGCCAAGUUCAAUACCAACAAGAGGUACUUUAAAGCCAAUUAAAACUUCAACGACUAAUAAACCUGUGAGAAUUAAUACCAGUACCAGUACAAGAAGGCCUUUUACGAGUACUACCAAAGCAACUAACACUAGAAGAACAAGUACCCCUCCUAGUCAAACCAGCAGUACUAGGAGGUCGAGUACAAGACCUACUAGGCGUGGUACCAGGCCUAGUACGACGACUACAACAAUUAAACCAAUAACAACCAAAACUACCACCAAGAAACCUCAAGUGGUUCUUACGAAAAAACCUACUGCAUUAGGUAGUACCUCAACCAAACAAUCAUCAUCAACAACCACGUCACCCACAACCACCACUACCACUACCACCACUACAACCACAACCAGCAAGCCAGUACUAACCUCACAAGCAACUACCAUGGUUCCGUCAUCAACAACAGUUUCUUCGCCAGAGGUACCAGUGAAUACCACUAUCCAGUCCAGUGUAGAGCAACCAGUUAUAUCACAAAUAUUGGGUUCCGUGAACCCUGCAACCAAUGAAGUGAUUGAGAGUGGCUUAUUGACAGUUGAAAGUAGCACUACUGAGAAACCUGCAAGCAGCAGUACUGUUGCCGGAUCAACAACAAGUACUAAUGAAACCAGUACUACUAGUAGUAGUAGUAGUAUGGAAAGCGUUACUAUUACAACUACCGGACCAGGCCUGGUUACGUGGACCGUUGAAGAUACCAAAAAUCAUACCGAUGUUCAAAAAAAUGAUACAAUUGUAGCUGCAAAUGUAACUGAAGGUAAUCUUAAAUUUACAUUGUUUUAUCCCGUGAAUUUAAUUCGAUGUAACUUCUAUAUUUUAAUGGGCAAGAAAAAUUUCAUUUGCGAAAAAAUUCGGUGGCAUCAUGUUUUUUCCAGUUACUGGCUAAGAUCUUGCCCUUAG